CUCGGCCCGCGGCGGCGGGCUCGGGUACCGGUGUGGGUGGGGAUGCUGCGGCGGAAGCCGACGCGGCUGGAGCUGAAGCUGGACGACAUCGAGGAGUUCGAGAGCAUCCGGAAGGACCUGGAGGGCCGCAGGAAGCAGCGGGAGGACGCGGACGCGGCGGCGGCCGGUGAGGAGGCGGCGGCGGCGGCGGCGGCGCUGGGCAGCGACCACAAGAGCCGGGAGCAGAUGAUCAAUGACCGCAUCGGGUACAAGCCGCAGCCCAAGGCCGGCGGCCGCGCCGCGCACUUCGGCACCUUCGAGUUCUAAGGGCGGGGCCGGGCCCGCUGCACCCGCGCUCCCGGCUCUGCGGUGAAGGGGGCCGUGAGCGCCCCUUGGCAAGG